AUUUGCUUUAAGAAACUGAAGGAUUCAAGUGCUUUGUACCCAGCAAUACAGGGUAAUAUACACAUUUAAUGACAAUGAGGCAGUGUGAUCUGCACUUGGACCUUUGAUCUGCUUCUUGAAAUCUCACAUCUAAUUGAUACAGUCAAUCAUCAGGAAAAAGGCAAGCAACUGGAACCACAUACCUGCUAAACCACUUGCAUAUGUUAAAAACAACAUGAUGGACAAUAGCACACAUGUCACUGUCAAUACAACAGACUGUGAAGCGGUGGAAAUCCCUCACGAGAUUUUCUUUGCAAUAGCUAUGGUAAGUCUCACAGAGAACCUACUGGUCGUAGUUGCUGUAAUCAAGAACAAGAAUCUCCAUUCCCCCAUGUACUGUUUCAUCUGCAGCUUAUCUAUCUUCAACAUGACUGCAAGUGUGUCCAAAACCUGGGAGAACAUUAUGAUAGUUUUCUCCAAGAUGGGGCAUUUGUAUUCUAGAGGUGAACUUGCUAUGAAGAUGGAUGACGUAAUGGACGGUCUAGUUUGCAUGUCUUUCUUAGGUUCCAUUUUCAGUUUAUUAGCCAUUGCGGUCGACCGCUACAUAACUGUUUUCCAUGCACUGAGGUACCACACUAUAAUGACAAUGAAACGUGUGGCUGCCAUCCUGGCAGGGAUAUGGAUAUUUUGUGCAGCAAGUGGCGUUCUUAUGGCAAUAUUUUCCCAUUAUACAAUCAUCAUGACCUGCUUUAUUGUCCUGUUCCUCAUAUCAUUGGCAUUGAUUAUGUUCUUAUAUGUUCACAUGUUUUUGCUAGCAAGGACUCAUGCCAGAAAAAUUGCCUCUCUUCCAGGUAAUACUGAUCACCAAAAACACAACAUGAAAGGAGCAAUAACGCUGGCAAUCCUGUUUGGAGUUUUUAUUGCCUGUUGGUCCCCAUUUUUCUUUCAUCUUCUUCUUAUAAUGAUAUGUCCUUUAAACCCAUACUGUGAGUGCUACAGGUCACUCUUUCAGGUCAAUGUUAUUCUUCUUAUGUGUAACUCACUAAUUGACCCUUUUAUUUAUGCCUUUCGAAGUGUAGAAUUAAGGAGCACAUUUAGAAAAAUGUUUUGUUGCUCUGGUGAUAUAUUCUGUCAUGCCAUCCAAUGUUUGCAGUUAAAUUCAAACAUCAGACUUCAGUGAAUAAAUAUUUACAACAUUUGUUAUGAGUUUCACAGGGCCCUAUUCACAAAACUUUACUUAUUACGUUUUUAAAGACUGUUGGAUAUCUGGAUAUUGUUGGAUUGUGAUGAAAAAGAUCUAAAAAGUUUAAUGCAUGAUUUAUUUUUUUAAAUAAUUAAUUUCCGAUAUAUGGUUCAGAGGGUUUUUGAUUCCCAAUACCCAAGAUAUUUCAGCCCCACUCAGUCAGGCAGUGUUUAAUGUAGCUGGUAAAACACAUAUGACAAAAUAUUGCAUCAAGGACCAAAUACACUGCAGAUUGUUUAAAAAUGAACAUGUUUCAAUGAUGUACAUGAGUGGGCUCAAAACAAAUACAGGGAGUCAUUUAUUACGAUAUUUUGGGAAACCUGAAAAUCAGAACCCCUAUGCAUUAGAUAUUUUAUAACAUUUUCUUCACUAUUCUAGAAACACAUUAAUAUUCAAUAACAAAGGUGUGACAGAUGGUUUGGAUAGAAUGUAAAAUCUGUUUGCUGCAUUGGGCUACCUUAUUUUUGGCAGUGCCCCAAAGGAGCUGUUAAAAUGAUUUAAAAAAAACAAAAAAAAUGUUUCUUUGUGAAUCUAUAUGAUUUUGGCAUGAUCUUAAAGUGCCAGCAGACCAUUAGGAUCAUGACCUAAUUUGCAUGAUUACAGAGAUUCUGAGGUCAAGACAAAGAUGUUUCAGGAUCAGUUCAGGGCUCAGUGUGUGUAAAGGAUAGCUCAUUAUUGCUUUUAACUGUUUAAUAGUAUAUAUAGGGCAGGAUUUUCAAAAGGUUGUAAAUGAUAAAGGUUGUAAAUGUAAAGGUUGUAAACUCCAGUGUUAAUCAGGAAAUCGGUAUGUAGCAUUGCUUCUGGCAUUUUCAAGCGGUCAUUAUGUCUAUUUCAUUUAAAUAAUCGUCUUUAUGUGAUUUCUGAUUUACAAAAUAAUGUUAAUAUCUCAAUGAGCAGUGCUUUUUGCUAUUUCUUUUGUUUGAGUGGGAAUUUAAAAGGAAAUCCAUGUUAAUUAUCAUAAUUAGUAGGGCAGCAGUGUGGAGUAGUGGUUAGGGCUCUGGACUCUUGACCGGUGGGUAGUGGGUUCAAUCACCGGUGGGGACACUGCUGCUGUACCCUUGAGCAAGGUACUUUACCUAGAUUGCUCCAGUAAAAACCGAACUGUAUAAAUUGGUAAUUGUAUGUAAAAAUAAUGUGAUAUCUUGUAACAAUUGUAAGUCGCCCUAGAUAAGGGCAUCAGCUAAGAAAUAAAUAAUAAUAAUUUAUCAAGAGUUAAUUUGCACUUGGCAAAGAAGGGUUUAAAUUAACGAAAGAGUAUAACUCACCUUGAAAUAGAAAUUUAACAGAAUUGCUGUGACACCGAAGAUACAGUGUUCACUUAAAAAAUAUAUAAUGAUGUGUUACAUACAUGGUAUACAUGUAUAAUAAACCUAACAACUACAAACACAAAUGGCACUUCAAAUGUAUUUAUUUAUAGCCUACAAUCGUACAAACUAAAAAAAUACACACAAAACUAGAAGUCAAAUAAAUUCCAACCAAUAUACAUAGAUGGCUUACUGUAUUUUUUUCUUCUUUUUUAACCAAAAAAAAGAUUGCAAAAUGCACAUUAAAAGAGCUGUAUAUAAUAAGCUAUGGCAAAAUAUUACCCAGAAUGAGGAUAAAUGACUAAUGGGGUUUAAUUAUUAUUUUUUUUUUUAAAUCCGUGCCGUCUGAUUUUUACCCACACGUCAGACAAAUGUGUUGAGACAGGAAGUGAUGUACGUGACCUGCAACAUAAACUUUUUAACGAGAAAUGUGUUCAUUAACGACCUCAUCGACUCAAUUUCAAAGCAUUAACAGAUUGAUUUAAUUAACACAUUUCAUUUGAAAAUCACUUGCUACUAAAGCUCUCGUUACUAUACCACGAGUUUGAUACAAUAACACUGGUUUUUGAAAAUCCUGCCCAUAGUACUGCAAUUUCACAUCCAAAAUAUUUUAGUAUUUCACAAUUAUUUCUUAAAAAUGUGUACUUUAUAUUAUUUGCUUACUAGCAAUGUCCAUUUACACAAUAACAGGCUGACGUGACAUUUUAUUUGCGAGAAAUAUGUUAGAAACUCUCAUUCAUAGUUAUCUAAGUAUAUACUGACAGGCAGUGAAGGCCACAAAGGCUCAUGAAUAAGUCAGUUCAGGUUACCAACUAAGGUAUUACAAAUAAAUGUUUCCUUGUGUGCCUUCUGGUUUUUCUUUCCUUCAUAUAAUUUUUGCGUGCGAUGUACUAAACAGCCCUUUUUUGUGAACAACUACAGUAAUAUCACUGCAAGUUUAAGAACAGCAUAAAUUACUCCUCAUUAUACAGGAGAGAUUGGAAUUUGCAUCUCAUUAUAAAUAGAUUCGCAAUGCCUAAAACGAAGAUUUAGAACUCCAUCUGGCAAAGAUAAAUGAGUGGUAUAGUGAACAGAAAGAAGUAGUAGGCAAAUAUAAUUGGAUCGAGCUAAGGCUUCUGCAGACUCUAACCUUGAACUAUGGCACUGGCCAAAAGAAAAGGAACACAAAGACGAUAUUGACCUGCUAGUUAGUGAAGUGGAAACAAAAUCAAGAAAUAUUAGUUAAUACUUUGCAGGGCCAAGAAACAUUAAGAAACAUGGAAAGAAAUAACUAACAAAAUAAAUUCAUGACCUUGGGAGGAUUACAAAAAGAAAGCAGCUGAUAAAUAAAAAAAACAAACAGGACCAACUGAAUGUGAUGUGUUAAACAUAGCGCAGACCCUGGGCACAGCGAAAACAAAACAAAACAUAGAUCUAAAAGAAAGGGUCCCCAGAAAUGGAAAGCAUAAACAAAACUAAGCUUGUUUCUAUAUAUGGAAGUUUACCAUGGUACAUUUGCACGGUAAUUCUGCAGUUUACCAUGUUUGUACUCGUCUGCACCCUAACCAUGCUUCCCUAUGCUUUCAGCGCUUUAAUUUAAGAAUAUAGCAGAAAACUUUUAUUUUAGUCUAUGUAUAUUUUAGUUGUGUAAAGUAAAAAAAGUACAGUACAUACAGUAGGCUACACAAGUAAAUACUUUUCAUUGUAUUUCAGUUGUCUAUGCACUAUGUAAUUACUGAGAAGAAAAGAU